AUGGCUUUUGUUCGUCGAGUUGCUCUCACUCUCCUCGCUCUCCUUUUCGUGUUCACUUUUGUCCGAGGCGAUCCGGACGUGACGCAAGUGAACAAGAUUUGCAACGGAAAUGUUUAUGCAAGCGGCGAUCCGUACGCGAACAGCGUAUCGUAUGUCCUCGAGGAUAUGGCUACCGUGACGGCGAACCACCCUGGCUACGAUUACUACACCCAGUCUCCUUAUGCCGAAGCAACGGCUUAUGGCCAUGCUGUUUGCAGCACAACGCUUUCAUUUACUGAUUGCGCUACUUGCGUGAGCUUUGCGAAGAGUUGCAUAGUCGACGAAUGCGGCAUGAGCAUGGGGGUUCAGAUGCAGCUUCAAGACUGUAGGAUGAGAUAUGAAAAUUACCCGUUCUCAGAUUAA